AAUUUUUAUGUUCAUAUAUGGAUACAUGACCAGUGUAACUCUACAUCAUGUACAACCACAAGAAUGGGAUCCUAAUUACAAUAAGUGAUACUCCAUGUAUGUAUAAUAUGUCAAAAUACAUGCUACUGUCAUAGAUAUCUAAAAAGAACAAAUUAAAAAAAUUUAAAAAUAAAGAGGAGAUGAUGACACCUGUCCUGGAUUGCCAUGAUGAACCAGGAGUCUUUACACAACUCUAGAAGGGUUUGUGGUACCCAUCACGUAUACUUAGUAAAUGCUUCUUUUUUUGCUCUCUCUUCCUUUCUGUGUUUAGAUAUAGAGAAGCUUCCUACCAUCACAGUCACCCUGCAUGACUCAACAAUUCAUGCUGGGAAUGAUUGUAUGCCCUUGACUUUGUCAUAGAUCUAGAUGAUUGGAAAUUCAGGUGAGGUCAGUGCCCAGGAGGAGUUAAGAGUCCAGGCUAUGUUUUUCUCUGUGCUCCCAUAAUACUUUGAACAUGAUUCUAUUGUGAAACUGACCACAUAAUUUUAAAUUUAUUUGUAGUCAAUGUGAUGUCACAUCUUUGAAGAUAGAGUUCAUGUCUUAUUCAUCCUCAAGUUCCUCAUGCACAGAACAGCAUGUGGUACAGGACAUUUCUCAUGCCAUGGGUACUUCAUUCUGUUCCUCUGCAAAAGGGGUCCAGACAAACCUGUCCUGUUCAACCUGAUUGACAUAUGAGUCAACAUGCUUCACGGUGUUCAGACCUCUUUAAAGGAGACACACGCACACACACAGACUUUGAGUAUCUAUUUUAAAAGAGAACCAGGAAUUAGGCAAUCCAUUUUUGUAAUAUAUAUAUAUAUAUAUAUUUUUUUUUCAGUACUAGGGUUGGAACCCAAGGCCUCGCACAUGCUAGGUAAACUUGCUAACAAUCCCCUGCACAAUUUUUGUAAAAUAUUUUUUUAGUUGUAGAUGGACACAAUAUCUUUUUAUUUAUUUAUUUAUUUGGAUAUGGUGCUGAGGAUUGAACCCAGGGCUUCACUCAUGUGAGGCAAGUGCUCUACCACUGAGCUCCAACCCCAGCCCCAAUUUUUGUAAAAUAUUUUAAUAGAGAAUUCUCACUUAGAAUUACCUCUUGAAGGCACAGAGCUCUAUAAAAUUCAGUAGUUAAUACUUGUUGCCUCCCAAUCUGUUUUAAUCAGCUUUUUCAUUGCUGUGAGCCCCCCAUCCCCCCCCCAAAAAAAAAAAAACUGACAAGAACAAUUUUAGAGGAAAAGUUUAUUUGGGGAGGUGGCUCACAGUUUCAGAGGUCUUGGUCCAUAGACAGUAGACUUCAUUCCUGGGCUCUGAGCUGAGGCAGAACAACAGGAAGCAAGUGUGUGAUGGAGGAAAGCAGCUGGGAACUUUGCACCAGGAAGCAGAGAGACAGUGAGCCUCUCAACAAGGACAAAAUACCACAAAGGCUCGCCCCCAGGUGCCACAAAGGCUCCUCCUCCAACUGAACCCUACCUGCCUGCAGUUACCACCAAGGUAAUCCCUAUCAGAGGAAUAAUGCAUUGAUUAAGACUCUCAUAACCCAAUCAUUUCACCUCUAAACCCUCUUCCAUUGUCUCACGCAUGAGUUUUUUGGGGGACACCCAAUAUCUAAACCAUAACAUAAUUUAUGCCCAACCCAGUGAUAAGGGAAAGAAGUAGGUAUCUAUCAAAAAGCACAUUGUUAACUGGGGAAAGACUAUGGUGUGUAUACAGUUUGAGUUUGUUCCUCAAGGGUUCAUGUGUUUGGAGGGUUGAUUUUUAGUGUGGGGAUGAGACCUUUCAGAGGUGGGACCUUGUGGGAGAUCCUUAGAUCCCUAAAGGUGCUGCCUUUGGAAGGGAUUCAGGUAGUUCUCCUAGGAUUCUGAGUUACUUCUCUCAAGAGUGAGUUAUAAGGGUCAACUUGACUCCUGAAUCACUCCAGCUUCCUCUUGAACAAUGAGAUCUCUUCUUUCUUCAAAUGCUCCUGCCAUGAUGCCAUCUGCUAUUAGGCCCUCAACCAGAGGCCCAAACAAUGGAGUCACCUGAUCUUGAACUCUCAGCCUCCAAAACUAUGCUAAAUAAACUUCUUUACCUAACAAGUACCCAGACUAAGUUAUUUCAUUAUAGUAACCCCAAAUAGGCAAAUAGGGGUUAUUAAUAAGCAGUGAUUACUCAUGAGCACAAUUUUACUAUUAUCAUAAUUAUUUUUUGUGUAAUUAAGUUAUCAAAGAUAUAGGAAAGAGGAUCAUGUUGUAGAAAUUAAAAUGCUCAGGAGAUAAGUGUGAUCAUGUAGAAAAAUAGAGUAAUAAUCAUCAUUUGCUUGGUACCUUGCCUCUUACAAACUGCUUUAUCUCAUCUUGCAAAGGCUAUGAACAAGUCCUUUGAUACUAUCUUAUGCCAAUAUUAUGCUUCCCUGCCAAACCUUCCCUGCCAAACCUUGGGACUUUGGGUACAUAAGAAAAGAAAGGAUUAAUAAUGCAUUAAAGGGAAAAUUUGCCAAAUUCAUUGGCAUAAAAUGAGAUUUGUUUGGCAUUUUAGAAAAACAAGAAUGUGUCCUGUAAAAGAAGCAGUUGGCCCAUAUUUUGACUUCCAAAAAUGUACCAAAAGUACUUUUUUCCCCCCAAAUCACUUUGGGGUGCAUUUUUGUUGUACAAUUAUAAAUGAUGAAAUUCGCUUACUUGAAACGUAAAGAUUCCCUAAGCCCUGGGACAUUUGAACCUUAUUUAGGGGCAAAACCUAAAAUUAUUUACUUAAACCACAGAGUGUAAAGUAUAAUGGGAAAAUGUGAAGAUAUGAGAAGCUGAUUAAUAUUUUAUUUAAAACUCAAGUGUACGUUUCUUACAAUCCAAACAGAUCUGGGGAGGCUUAGCACAGCCCUGUCUCCCUUCCGGUGACCAUAACUAAAGGUUCAACUCGGGUAUCUCAAGAACAGCCUGACCUAACCCAAGAGCUAGUAAGAUAAAAUGUUAAUGCUGAUAAGAAUUAGCUUUCACAGCUGAAGACAGCACUACCUACUGGCCCUCCUCCCCCUCCCUCACUCCCUUGCCUCCCGAACCGCCUUUCCUUCCAAACCGCAAGGUUACCUGGAUUGCUCUGGAAGGAGAGACAAAUAUUUAAUAGACCAAGAGCCCAGCGUGUACCAAGUCAACUUAUUGGAUUACACAGGAAGCUAGAAGCAUCUAGAUAGCCAGGGCUGCAGCCCGAGAGCUGGGCGAGUGUGGCGCGGGCUGGUUCCUAAGCCUUUCCAGAUGUGGCCACGGCGCGAGCUUGGCGACUGUCCAGGAGGCCGCCUGCAGUUGGCGCUUCCCGGGGCCGCAGUGCGAGCCGCAAUGCCGGCAUCCUGAAGGCGCGGGAUCCUUCUCCGCUCCCUAGGGACCCACGCCCAGGCAGAGCGACAGCCCGCGGCCAGCGGAGGACGUCUCCAAGAGGAGAGAGCAGAAUGGUUGCGGCGCCCGCUCUGCGCUGAAGUCACUGCGGGUGGAUGGGGGACCCCGAGGCCCACGUGAUGGCUCGGCCCCUGCGAGCCCCUCUGCGGAGGUCUUUUAGCGAUCACAUCAGGGACUCCACGGCCAGAGCCCUAGAUGUUAUUUGGAAAAACACUAGAGACAGACGCCUGGCAGAAAUCGAAGCCAAGGAAGCCUGUGAUUGGCUGCGGGCAACUGGUUUCCCCCAGUAUGCACAGCUUUAUGAAGAUCUCCUUUUCCCCAUUGAUAUUACCUCGGUCAAGAGAGAACAUGAUUUUUUGGACAGAGAUGCCAUUGAGGCCCUAUGCAGGCGUCUAAAUACUUUAAACAAAUGUGCGGUGAUGAAGCUAGAAAUUAGUCCUCAUCGGAAGAGAAGUGAGGAUUCGGAUGAAGAUGAGCCUUGUGCAAUAAGUGGCAAAUGGACUUUCCAGAGGGACAGCAAGAGGUGGUCCCGGCUUGAAGAGUUUGAUGUGUUUUCUCCAAAACAGGACCCAGUCUCUGGGUCCCCAGAUGAUUCCCACCUGAAGAACGCCAUGAGCCAUGAAAGUAUGCUGACGGACCUCAGCGAGCGCCAGGAGGUAUCUUCUGUCCGAAGCCUCAGCAGCACCAGCAGCAUCCCCACCCACGUGUCCCAGAGUGGGGAUGCUGUGACACCCCGGACUAACUCCGUCAUUAGUGUCUGCUCCUCCAGCCACUUUGUAGGCAAUGACGACUCUUUCUGCAGCCUUCCCUCUCCCAAGGAACUAUCCAGCUUCAGUUUUAGCAUGAAAGGGCAUGAGAAAAAUGCCAAGUCUAAGACCCGAAGCUUGCUGAAACGGAUGGAGAGCUUAAAGCUCAAGGGCUCCCACCACAGCAAACACAAGGCACCCUCCAAGCUGGGGCUGAUCAUCAGUGGGCCCAUUCUGCAAGAGGGUAUGGAUGAGGAGAAGCUGAAGCAGCUGAACUGCGUGGAGAUCUCAGCCCUCAAUGGCAACCACAUCAACGUCCCCAUGGUACGAAAGAGGAGCGUAUCCAACUCCACUCAGACCAGCAGCAGCAGCAGCCAGUCAGAAACUAGCAGCGCUGUCAGCACACCUAGCCCUGUCACCAGGACACGGAGCCUCAGUGCCUGCAACAAGCGGGUGGGCAUGUAUCUAGAGGGCUUUGAUCCUUUCAAUCAGUCCACAUUUAACAACGUGAUGGAGCAGAACUUUAAAAACCGCGAGAGCUACCCAGAGGACACAGUAUUCUACAUCCCUGAAGAUCACAAGCCUGGCACCUUCCCCAAGGCCCUUUCCAAUGGAAGCUUCUGUCCUUCGGGAAAUAACAGCUCUGUGAACUGGAGGACUGGAAGCUUCCAUGGCCCUGGCCAUAUCAGCCUAAGGAGGGAAAACAGCAAUGACAGCCCUAAGGAACUUAAGAGGCGAAAUUCCUCAAGCUCCAUGAGCAGCCGCCUGAGUAUCUACGACAAUGUGCCAGGCUCCAUCCUCUAUUCCAGCUCAGGCGACCUGGCCGACCUGGAGAAUGAGGACAUCUUCCCCGAGCUGGACGACAUCCUCUACCACGUGAAGGGGAUGCAGCGGAUCGUCAACCAGUGGUCGGAGAAGUUUUCAGAUGAGGGAGACUCGGACUCAGCCCUGGACUCCGUCUCUCCUUGCCCGUCCUCUCCAAAACAGAUACACCUGGAUGUGGACAACGACCGAACCACACCCAGUGACCUGGACAGCACAGGCAACUCCCUGAAUGAGCCUGAAGAGCCCUCUGACAUCCCGGAAAGAAGGGACUCCGGGGUGGGGGCUUCCCUGACCAGGUGUAAUAGGCACAGACUGAGAUGGCACAGUUUCCAGAGCUCCCAUCGGCCAAGCCUAAACUCUGUAUCUCUGCAGAUUAACUGCCAGUCUGUGGCCCAGAUGAACCUACUGCAGAAAUACUCGCUUCUCAAGUUGACAGCCCUGCUGGAGAAGUACACACCUUCUAACAAGCAUGGUUUUAGCUGGGCUGUGCCCAAGUUCAUGAAAAGAAUCAAGGUUCCAGACUACAAGGACCGGAGCGUGUUCGGGGUCCCCCUCACGGUCAACGUGCAGCGUACAGGACAACCCCUGCCUCAGAGCAUCCAGCAGGCCAUGCGCUACCUCCGCAACCAUUGUCUGGAUCAGGUCGGGCUCUUCAGAAAAUCAGGUGUCAAAUCCCGGAUUCAGGCUCUGCGCCAGAUGAAUGAGAGUGCCUCGGAUUGUGUCAACUAUGAAGGACAGUCUGCUUAUGAUGUGGCAGACAUGUUGAAGCAAUAUUUUCGAGAUCUUCCUGAGCCACUCAUGACAAACAAACUCUCGGAAACCUUUCUACAGAUCUACCAAUACGUACCCAAAGACCAGCGCCUCCAGGCUAUCAAGGCUGCCAUUAUGCUCCUGCCUGAUGAGAACCGGGAGGUUCUCCAGACGCUUCUUUACUUCUUGAGUGAUGUCACAGCGGCUGUAAAAGAAAACCAGAUGACUCCGACCAAUCUGGCUGUGUGCUUAGCGCCUUCUCUCUUCCACCUCAACACCCUGAAGAGAGAGAAUUCUUCUCCAAGGUACAGGGUAAUGCAAAGAAAACAGAGUUUGGGCAAACCAGAUCAGAAAGAUCUGAAUGAAAACCUAGCAGCCACUCAAGGGCUGGCCCAUAUGAUUGCUGAGUGCAAGAAGCUUUUCCAGGUUCCUGAGGAAAUGAGCCGGUGUCGUAAUUCCUAUACCGAACAAGAGCUGAAGCCCCUCACACUGGAGGCACUGGGACAUCUGAGUAACGAUGAAUCGGCCGACUACAAACACUUCCUCCAGGACUGUGUGGAUGGCCUGUAUAAGGAGGUCAAAGAGAAGUUUAAAGGCUGGGUCAGCUACUCGACUUCUGAGCAGGCCGAGCUGUCCUACAAGAAGGUGAGUGAAGGACCCCCUCUGAGGCUUUGGAGAUCAACCAUCGAAGUCCCUGCUCUGCCUGAGGAGGUCUUAAAGCGCCUACUGAAAGAGCAGCACCUCUGGGAUGUCGACUUGCUGGAUUCAAAAGUAAUCGAAAUCCUGGACAGCCAGACUGAAAUCUACCAGUAUGUCCAAAACAGUAUGGCACCCCACCCGGCUCGGGACUACGUGGUGUUGAGAACCUGGAGGACAAAUUUACCCAAAGGAGCUUGUGCCCUACUACUCACCUCUGUGGAUCACGACCGAGCCCCGGUGGCAGGCGUGAGGGUCAACGUGCUUCUGUCCAGAUAUUUAAUUGAACCCUGCGGGUCAGGAAAAUCCAAACUCACUUACAUGUGCCGAGCUGAUUUAAGGGGUCACAUGCCAGAAUGGUACACAAAAUCUUUUGGACAUUUGUGUGCAGCUGAAGUGGUAAAGAUUCGAGACUCCUUCAUUAAUCAGAGCACUGAAACCAAGGAUACCAAAUCUAGGUGAUUACUGAAGCAUAGCAACUGUGUCCACCACCUGCGUGAUUGUUUCCAGAACCUUGCCAGUCCUUGGAAGAAUCAGUGUGUGUCUGAUCCUGAAGCAAAUACAAGUCAGAGUAUAGAAAGUGACUGUAGCAAUUUGAUACAUUUUUAAAGCUGCUUCCUGUUUGUUUAAGGUCUAUUCUGGAGACCUUGACUGGAAUAUAUAAGACUGUGCAUAUAAAAAAAGAAAAAAAAAAGUUCUUGUAUUCUAAUUCAAAUUGCUUCUGAGAAGCAAAACUCUUUAAAUACAUUAUGGAAGACAAUGAAGAUAUUUCAUUCUCUGUGAUAUCGGUGUACGUUACCUAUGUCAUUGAUUUGCAGUAUGUCGAGGGACUGGUGUAUCCACUGGAAUAGUUGGUACUUGUGGACAUGUUUUCUCACUGAGAUGAGCAAAGAAAGGUUUGCACAGAGGAGUGUGAAUGUGUGUUUGUCACUGGUUGAGUGGCAUAGAUGUCUACGUUGGAAUGCAGUGUCUGGCACACUGAGAUGCCUCCAGGAAGGAUGUCGAUGCAGCAGGUUCAGUUUAACCUGGAAUAGUUGACUACCCAUGGAUCCAUCCAGAAAGGAGACCCAACAAACACUUGUCUAUUUUUUCUUUUCCAGGUUGGUAAGCAUAUUCCUUAUCCACCACUUCUUCUUUACUUUAGAAGUCAUUGCAGGUUCACUGUAACACUCAUUGCAAAUGCAGUUUGUUUUUAGACCUGAUUGCAAACAGGGAUGUAGUUUUAACCAAUAAAGAUGACUUCAGGAACAAUAAUCCCCUUCCCCUGACCUUAUUGGCUCCAAGGCACAGGGGGGUUUUGUUUGUUUUUAUCUUUUUAAGAGAGGUAAAAACUAAACACUCCAUUUACUCCUAAAUCGAGCAUCAAAACUUUUUUUUUUUUUUUAACCUGUUACAGUUCUUUGCAGUUUCAUGUGUAUAGCACAGACUCUUUGAGACACUAUGCAUGAGAACAUGGGAAACCGUCCCAAGGAAAUUCCUGUAAGUUUAACCCAGGCACAAAAGCCUUUUUUUUUUUUUCUUUUUUCCUUUUUUGGUGGUUGUUAACAGCAUUCCUGAAAGCUGCACAUUUUUAUUAAUUGGUUUUGUUCUUAUCAGCAAAUAGGUUUUUCUGGUUUCUUGGCUUUUGUUUUGUUUGUUUUUCCUAUAUUUCUUUUUCUUUUCUUUUAUGAUGCCCUCAAAAUAUAUUUUAGUCCUAAGGGGAAGUAGUAGUCACAGUGAAAGAAUACAGCACAGUUUUCUGGAAGGGUGGUCUUUAUACAGGUUUUACUGUAAUGGUAAAGAUUGACUCUAGAGACAGUAUUAGUGAAUUUAUUUUGUAUGGAUCAAAAGUGAAUAAUGUAUGAAUGAGAGUUGUAAGAAGGAUUUUUAUUUUGUUAUAACUUAGUUACCAUUGUCAGUGUUACUAUUUCAAAGGUUCUUUGAAGAGUUGGGGGGUGGGUCAGAUUAGAAUUUUAAAAUUUGAGUAUUUUGGAUAUCAGUGUUCCUCGUAAAGAUAUAAUUGUAUGGCUUCCAGAUUUGUAAGAUUGUAUGUUGUAUAUACCAUUCUAUUAAGAAAUAUGUACACAUGUCUGUCCACUGUGCUUUCAGACAUAGGUAAAGCAUGACAAAGAUUAUUAUUUAAAAUAUACUUGUAUUUAUACCUCAGAUAUUCUUUUGGGUUUUGUACCUCAAGGCUUUUUCCCCCUUAAUGUAAAUACACUUUACAUGAAUACAGUCUAAGUGAAAAAAAUAAAUAAAAGGAAGAAGUUUAUAAUUUGCUCUAUAUCUGUACAGAAUAUAAUCAGUAAGUGCACUAUUAAAUGUUUAAAGUAAGGGAAAAGUCUGGCCUGCUUUACUUUAUUUUUGCAUCUUACUCCCAUCCUUCAAACCACAGAUUGCAAAGCAUAGCAACCCAACUUUGACCAAAAUUAAAAGACAGAUUGGCUGAAGGAAAAAAAUCAGACUGUAAAUUCAUUCCAAGGCCAAACUGCAACUGAGCCACACUCAAUCACAAACAGGAAACUCUGGAGAAGGUUCAGGAAGCAGGGUGACUCCAAACAAAGGUCCAGUUAGGAAAUGAUGCCCAGAAAGUUACGAGAAUAAGCAACAGCAAUGGAAAGAUGCUCAUAAGCAAAGUCAAGGUCACUACACUAAUUUGUCCCACAAAAGGUUUCUUCUUCCCCACUGUUGAGCUUCCCAUGGAAAGGAGUCCUUGGGAUAUUUCGAAAGGAUGUGGAUAUUUUCAAGAACUCCCACUUAGCUGGCCUAACACCUAUCUCCACAACUGAUUCAUGUGGCUAACUGCCUAGACUGUAAGCCCUUCAAGGGCAGGCGCGUCUCCUGCACAACCUCCUAACCCUCUACAGCAGCUUUUCAGUGUUUUUUGUACUUGGAGGCACCUAAUAAAUUUAUUAUUUGCUAAAGUGAA